AUGUCUGAUGCAACCGCAGAUGCGCGAGGAUCCGCAACACCAGUAGCACCACUCGACUGGAAAACUAAUGUAGCACCAACUACAGCACGGUCAGGUCCCUUCGCUCACCUAGCCAAAGGUUAUCCUACGCUGGCAACACGUAUGGGUGUUGUACCUCCAACAGCCAUGUUCAGGCGCUUCGGUGCCUUGAAUGCGCGAAACCUGCUAUAUUACCAGAACGAGCUGAUGCAACUUGAAGCUGAACUUAUCAGCCUCGAAAACAAGGACUAUCAGAGUGGCGAAUAUAAAGAGUUCUACGCUCAUGAUUCAAGAUGGUUGAUGACGUCCGAUGAGGAAGUCAAAGGUCAGCCAAGAGAUGGGGAUACAGAUCAACGCGACAUGGUACUCAGGAUGAGGGACCUUCUUAAGGAGUAUAUCGCAAUCCUACUCGUCGAGAUAGAGAACUAA